AUUAAAAGGAAAAAAAAAAAAGUAAAAGUGUGAGUAGCAUUAAAAAAGAAAGAAUUAUGAUGAUUUUGGGUUUUGCUUACUUCCACCACUUAGAUGAUGAGAUAAUGAUGUCCCCAACCUCAAAUUUCAAAUGUUUGUUUGUACACCAUACUCAACCCACACUCAUACAACAAACCUAAUGAUCAGAGGUUUUGCUGAGUUAGAGAGAUAAAGCUAGAGAGAGAAAGCUAGAGCCCACCAUUUUUUAUCAUUGAUUCCAGUUGGAUUUUCAGCAGAAACCAACUGGGUGUUCAUUUUUUUUGUUUUUCUUUACUUAGUUAGUGAUUGGGUAGUGUUUUUGAGUAAAAAAGUUACCAUCUUGUAGCUAGAAAUAGAAAAGAUCCAAAAUUUGUGCCUUGCAUAAUAAAUGAUUCCCUUAGUUUCUUAAAAUAUCAACUUGGUACUUCAUUUUUGUGUUUUUGUAUGAUUAGUUGGUUGUUUUGGGUUUUUCAUAGGGUUUUAAGGAGUGAAGGAGAUCAGAACUAAGUUGGACCACUUACUUUUUUCUUGAUUUGUUGGGUAAUUGAAGCUGUUUUCAUGCAAUUUCUACAUCAUUUGUUUGAGGGUUUUAUGUAUAAAGUUUUGAUUUUUGAGGACUAAUGUGAGGUGGGUCUUGAAAAUUUAGCCUUGUUGGGGAUUCUUUGAAGGUGAUGAGUUGUGGUUCUGGAACUGGAGUUUUUCUUAACCUUUCAAGAAUCUUUGUGAGGUGGAGUUUUGUUAAAAUGUCUCUGAAAUCUAAGCUUUCCGGGUCGAAUAAUGGCGCAUUACCAGCAAAUUUUAGGGUUAAGAAGCAAAAGGAGACUUUGCAUGGGCAUAAUUCUGGUUGGAAAUGGAGGAGAAAGCUACUGUUUUUAUGGCUUUUAUGUGUUUUUACUACAGUCAGCAUUUGGUGUUUCUUGAGCUUUGAAAAUGGGGUAUCAGAGAGGAAAGUUUCAAGUUCAUGUGAGGAAAAAGCUCAAGUCUUGCUUCAGCAUUUUAAUGUCAGCAAGAGCCAGCUCCAAGCUUUGGUUUCUUUGUUCUCUGAAUCAGAUCAGAUAACAUCUCUGGAAUGCACCAAAGAAUCGGGAUACAAAAUGGAAAUGAACAAUGACGUUGCCUGUGCUUUAAAGGUUCUUUGUCAGCCACAAGGUAGAUGGACUCCUGUAGAUGUAGAUGCAAAUGACCAGUGCCCGACUCAAGAAGAGAACAUACGGAGGGAGCUUAGACAACCACUCAAACAUAAUUUGAACAUCCUACGAACAAGGGAAGCGAGAUACUGUGCAGAAGAUCGCUGUAGUAUUCUAUCAUUUGGUUUUGUAAAAGUAUGUUGGUGGCUACUUUUUGUAAUGACUGUGACCUAUGCCAUAUCUGGGUUUCGUUGGAAAUUCUGGAAGAAGAAAACGAUGAAAGCUGUUCAUCCGGAGCCAGUGCCUCAGCCGCGGCAGCAAUUACUGCAGCUGAAGCAGCAGCAGCUAUCCCAGAGUCCUCUUAAAAGUGCUGGGAAGUGGAGGAAGAAGCUUCUCAUUGUUUUUGUCCUGAUUGGUAUUCUUACCUCUAUUUGGUUGUUUUGGCAUUUGAAUGGAAAAAUCAUCUCGAGGAGGGAAGAGACACUUAUCAACAUGUGUGAUGAGCGAGCACGUAUGUUGCAGGAUCAGUUUAAUGUGAGUUUAAACCAUGUUCAUGCAUUGGCUAUUCUUGUAUCCACUUUUCACCAUGGAAAAGAUCCUUCUGCUGUUGAUCAGAAAACAUUUGGAGAAUACACUGAGAGAACAGAUUUUGAGAGGCCACUGACUAGUGGUGUUGCAUAUGCUUUAAAAGUUCUACAUUCGGAAAGAGAGGAGUUUGAAAAGCGGCAUGGGUGGGUAAUAAGGAAAAUGGAGGCUGAUGACCAGACCCUUGUGCAAGAUUAUAUUCCUGAAAAGUUGGAUCCUGCACCAAUUCAAGAUGAAUAUGCACCUGUAAUAUUUUCUCAAGAAACUGUCUCACAUAUUGUCUCUAUUGAUAUGAUGUCUGGAAAGGAGGACCGUGAGAACAUUUUGCGAGCAAGGGCUUCCGGAAAGGGAGUGUUGACCUCUCCUUUUAAGCUUUUGAAAUCCAACCACCUGGGAGUUGUACUUACUUUUGCUGUUUAUAAGACUGAUCUCCCACCGAAUGCCACACCAGAGCAACGAAUUGAAGCUACUGUUGGGUAUCUCGGCGCAUCUUAUGAUGUCCCAUCACUAGUUGAGAAGCUCUUACACCAGCUUGCUAGUAAGCAAACAAUAGUUGUGAAUGUUUAUGACACAACAAAUUCAUCAGCUCCAAUUCUCAUGUACGGGACUAAUUAUGUCGAUACUGGCCUCUUGUACGUCAGCAAUCUUGACUUUGGGGAUCCAAUGCGAAAGCAUGAAAUGCAUUGCAGUUUCAAGCAAAAGCCUUCUUUGCCUUGGACAGCAAUAAUUGCAUCAUCAGGAGUCCUGGUUAUCACUCUUCUUGUCGGCCAUAUAUUUCAUGCAGCCAUAAGCAGAAUUGCAAAAGUUGAGGAGGAUUAUCGCAAAAUGAUGAUGCUCAAAGUUCGUGCUGAAGCCGCAGAUGUGGCCAAAUCUCAGUUUCUUGCGACUGUUUCACAUGAAAUCAGGACCCCUAUGAAUGGUGUUUUAGGUAUGCUGCAAAUGCUGAUGGAUACUGAUCUUGAUGGAAAUCAAAUGGACUUUGCUCAGACUGCUUAUAAUAGUGGAAAGGAUUUAAUCUCGCUAAUAAAUGAGGUUCUUGAUCAGGCUAAGAUAGAGUCUGGCAGGUUAGAGCUGGAAGCUGUUCCUUUUGAUCUGCCUUCUGUUCUUGAUAACGUCCUAUCACUUUUUUCUGGAAAAUCCAAUGAAAAAGGAAUCGAGUUGGCCAUUUAUGUCUCCAGUCAAGUGCCUGAAGUUGUUAUAGGUGACCCUGGGCGGUUCCGGCAAAUAAUCACAAACCUUGUUGGGAAUUCAGUAAAGUUCACACGCGAGAGGGGGCAUAUCUUUGUCUCGAUUCAUAUGGCAGAAGAAGUAACAAACCUACUUAAUGUUAGGGAUACAGUGCUGAAACAAGGCUUAAGUAUAGUUCGACACAUGCCAAAUGAAGUUGAUAAUACAUUAAGUGGAUGUCCUGUGGUCGACAGGUGGAAAAGUUGGGCGAGCUUUAAAAAAUUGAAUAAGAAAGAUGUAAUGGAAGAAGCUGGAACGAUUAGAUUACUAGUUACAGUUGAAGAUACAGGAGUGGGCAUACCAGUAGAUGCACAAAGCCGCAUCUUUAUGCCGUUUAUGCAAGCAGACAGUUCCACCUCUCGAACUUAUGGUGGGACCGGAAUAGGAUUGAGCAUCAGCAAAUUUCUAGUUGACCUCAUGGGCGGUGAGAUCGGAUUUGUUAGCGAACCUGGCACCGGUAGUACAUUCUCAUUCACAGCUGCUUUCAGAAAAGGAGAGUUGAGGUCUCUGGAUACAAAGUUACAGCCUUAUGAUCCGAAUGUUUUGGAGUUCCGAGGGUGGAGAGCAUUAGUAAUUGAUCGAAGAAGCAUUCGAGCUGAAGUCACUAGAUACCAUCUUCAGAGACUGGGAAUAACUGUGAAUAUAGCUUCCACCCUAAAAUCUGGAUGUUCUUAUGUUUCUGGAGAUCACUACACCAGUGCCCCUGUGGAUUUGGUUCUUAUCGACAAAGAUGCUUGGGAUAAUCAAACCGGUUUCACUUUUCGUCAGCUAUUAAAAGAGUCCAAGCGAAAUGGUGGGGCAGAAAACAUGGUAAACUUUCCAAAGAUGUUUCUUCUGGCUACAACCAUCAACCCCGACGAACGCCGUGAACUCUUAUCAGCUGGUUUAGUCGAUAAUGUGAUUAUGAAGCCUCUCAGAUUAGGUGUUUUAAUUGCUUGCUUCCAAGAAGCCAUUGGAAGUGUCAAGAAGAGUCAAGAAAACAGGAAGAAACCUUCAGAUCUUAAGAAUUUACUGAGAGAAAGGAGAAUUUUGGUUGUUGAUGACAAUAAAGUGAACAGAAGAGUGGCAGAAGGAGCUCUGAAGAAAUAUGGAGCAAUUGUUACAUGUGUUGAGAGUGGAAAUGAGGCUUUGGAAUUGCUACAACCACCACACUCUUUUGAUGCUUGUUUCAUGGAUCGUCAUAUGCCGGGAAUGGACGGCUUUGAAGCUACCCGGCAAAUUCGGGCUAGGGAACGGGAAUUUAAUGAGAAAAUUGCGUCUGGGGAAGUAUCAACGGAGACAUUUGGAGAUGUGGCACAGUGGCACACACCAAUACUCGCAAUGACAGCUGAUGUGAUUCAGGCGACAAAUGAAGAAUGCCGAAGAUGUGGGAUGGAUGACUUUGUUUCAAAGCCAUUUGAAGAAGAGCAGCUUUACAAUGCAGUGGCUCCUUUUUUCGAGUCUGGUUAAUUUAGUGUACCUAAGUAUCAGCUUUUGACUAGUUCUGAAUUUACUUCAACCUCAAGGCAUAUGCUUGGCUGACUAACCAUGAGCCGUGUGCAUGAGGUCGCGGAUAGUAUGGCCACAACACAUGCUUUUCAUCUUUCCAGCUCGGUCCUGGAAUGCUUUUAGUACCUGCAGGCUACUAGCUUCAAGAUGGUCGAGACCUGGUAAUCACAAUGAAAUGCUUUAGCCAGUAUAUCGUCACUGGUUCCUCGACUAACAGUCAGUUGAAGAUAAUGACUAACAUGGGGGCAAUCUGCACAGAGCUGUAUUAUCUUAAUUCAAUCUUCCUCGAGUUUUAUUUACACGGCCUCAUUCGUCAGAGUAUAAAGAUAAUAACCUGAAGCUGUUGAGAAGGUCAACUCAACCUUUAAUCUUCUAUUGACUAGUGCAUCUAAUCAGAUUCAUGCGCGAAAAAUUAUGAUUGGCGGCGUUGUAACAUGUUUUAGUGUGCAGCGCGACUUCUGCAUAAAAAGGGAGUCCCCGUUUGUCGGAGCUUGAGAAUGAAAUGUUGUAUGGUAUUGUUGGUUUAUAAGUAAUGAAGGUUUACUUUUUUGUAACUAAAAUGUUAUUCCUUGUAUAUAAAUUGUAACAUCUAUUAUUUCUUGUAUACAGAAUAAAUAUCAGGUUGCUUAAAUGGAUUAAUAUAAUCUAAUCA